AUGUUGAUCACAAUUAACCCACGGCCUGUUCACAAAGAACAAAAAGAAAUUCCCAAAAUAAAUAAUCGCAGAAUUAAGUCACAUUCUGUGUGGAGGGGAGAGUUCCCGGGGUCAGGGAGAGGUGCAUGGGUACCAGGGAGUCAUGGAGGGAGUGAGCCCUGUGGGUGCAGGGGUAAAUUCCCGGGGUCAGGGAGAGGUGCGUGGGGACCAGGGAGUCACGGAGGGAGGGGUCUCUCCGAGUUUCGCUCGUCCCGGGCCGGACUGCAGUUCCCGGUGGGCCGUGUUCACAGGCUUCUGAGAAAGGGCAACUAUGCUGAGCGGGUGGGUGCCGGAGCCCCGGUCUAUCUGGCUGCUGUGCUCGAGUAUCUGACGGCUGAAAUCCUGGAGCUGGCCGGCAACGCGGCCCGGGACAACAAGAAGACCCGCAUAAUCCCCAGACACCUGCAGCUGGCCGUCCGCAACGACGAGGAGCUCAACAAGCUGCUGGGAGGGGUGAUCAUCGCUCAGGGCGGGGUGCUGCCCAAUAUCCAGGCCGUGCUGUUGCCCAAGAAAACCAGUAGCGCCACCAACCCCAAGAGCAAGUAAAUCGGUGAAGCUUCAAUCGAACCACCCAUAGGCUCUUUUCUGAGCCACCCACAAUGUCUGUGGAAGGGCUGAGCACCGGCUGGGGUGAGUGCGCGGGACUUCCGUUCGGUGUAUCUGCCGCAGACACCCCACCCCACGUCUUGGUCUAAAGCGCUUUCUCUCCCCUGAAGCAAACCACCAUUUAUCUGCGCAUAAAGCGGUCCCCCUCAGCCCGGAAUCCCUCCCCGUCCCGAAUCCCCACACUCUCCCGCAUCGGCCAUUUUACCGAAAAUGAGGAAAUUGUCCCUCACUCGCCCCUGUACUUCCUGGGGGAAUGCGGGACGACGCUUAUGAUUGGUGGUGAAGCGUCUAAUCUCAUGGGUGAGAGAG